AGCGUCUUGUGGUUACCAUGGCAACGGAAGCCGACACCAGCGGUGGGGAGACUGUGGUGUCCUCCAACUCCCUGCGACACAAGGAGCACCACAACAACCACCACAGACACCAUCCGUACCUCUACCGCCCGCACCUGCAACAACAACAACAACAGCACCAGCAACAUCAGCAUCAGCAUCACCAUCACCACCUUCAGCAGCAGCACCAGCACGUCUCCAGUAUGGCGGCGCAUCUCCACAAUUCGGAAGCCACAAACUUUCUCUUCUCCCACCACCACGGGAGCGGUGGUCGUCUGUCAAGCAAUACCAAAAACUUUGAUGACGACGAUGCCGAUGACGACGAUGAUGAUGAAAACAACGACAACAAACUGAUAUCGGUCGACGAUUUCGAGGACUCUAGUGACAUCGAGGACGAUAGGCAGAGCCACAACAGCUUUAGCCCAGCCCCCUCGGACAGCACUGUGAACAGCAGCUCCUGCACCAGGUCUCUGCGACAGCACGACGACAGCAACAACAGCAACAACAACAACAACAAAAACAGCAGCAGUAAGCUGAGGAAGAAGGGAGGGCUGGCUUCCAAGUGUGUGGACGACCAAGAACUGCAGCAACUGAGGCUCAAAAUCAACAGCCGAGAGCGAAAACGCAUGCACGAUCUCAACUCGGCGUUGGACGGUCUCCGAGAGGUGAUGCCUUACGCCCACGGUCCUUCCGUGCGAAAACUGAGUAAAAUCGCCACUCUUCUGCUCGCGAAGAACUAUAUUCUCAUGCUGAACUCUUCUUUGGAAGAGAUGAAGAAACUUGUAAGCGAUAUCUAUCACACGCACGCGCCCCCAAGAACGCCUGUCCUUCCAACAGCGUCUUCGGCAGCGCUACCACCACCACCUCCUCCUCCUCCUCCAUCACAACAGCAACAACAGCAGCUGUCGUCAGCAGGAAGCAUAGCAGCAGCAGCGGUAGCAGCAGCAGCAGCGGCGGCAGCUGCAUCAGCAACAUCUUCACCGUCUGUCAGCUCCAACGGUGGGUCAAACCCUACAGUAACAAGUUCUUCAUCCGCUGGGAUGAGUCUUGGCUCUCCGUCUCGAACCCCAACUACCCCCGUUUCGGAACACAUCCCUCCCCUCGCUCUUUCCCUCCACCAUCCGGGUUUACCCGCGAGCACUCUCCCCACCCAUAGCUCAGUCUCUCCCAUCAUACCCCUCGCUGUACCAGCGUUGAGGGCACCUCUACACGGACUUACUCCUCACGAUUUAGGCGCACUCACCUCUUCGUUUAUAGCGGCGAAGUCGGAAAUUCCCGGAGCACAUAGUGUGCACAGUCCCACACAUCAUCACGCACAUGCUGAACGCUUUCAUUCACUGUCCAGGUGGCCGGUUCCAUGCGCAUGCGCACAGUGCCUGACAGGAGGAUCCAGCCCACUGCAAUUAGGUCUUCACUUUGGGCGUUUCCCGCACCCGCUUUUAACGUCGUCUGCCUCCCUCACGCGUAAAAACUGAUAUCACUACAACAACAGCAACGACGUUGGUAACAACAACAACAAAAACUACAGCAACUCUGAUGCUUCUGUUUCAAGCACCCUGCUGCGACUACGGCACAGCAGUGGUAGUAAAAAAGAAACACAGACAAAACAGCACAAAUGAAACAAAAACAAAUACAAAACAAAAACAACAACGGAGCAAUAUUAGCUCAGCAACUCUGCUUCGUCGUCAUCGUCAUCAUCAUCAUCAUCAUCAUCAUCAUCGUUGCAAGUUGCCUUGCGGAAGCAGUCACGUGGUGUUUUUGGGCUGGUGAGGGUGAUGCAAAUGACAACAAUACAACAAGACAUAAUAACAAUAUUGGUAGCUCCUUGACGAAACAAACCAGCGAGACUCAAAAACCGAAAAUCGUGACCACGAACACAAACGCGAUAUCUUCUCUGCUCCGGACAGUUGUUUCACAGAAGACAAGUGAUGCCUUACAUACGCAUGCACUCAACAUGCUGCAGCGAUGUAAGUCCUUUGAGGAACUGAUAGAUACGGUUAACUGACUGAACUUGACAUUCUUGCCACGGGAGUUGUUGCGAAGUUGUUUCUGCCUUUUUUUAUCUGAGAGAAUACAGGACAAUACAUAUUAUCUUUCAUAAUUUGUUUAUAGUCUCUGAGACCACUGAUAAGGAGAAUCGCAAUUCCUCCCGUUCUUACACUUGUGGUUUUAUUUUAUUUUUUGGUAAUACGCAGUUUGGUCUUUUGACUCAAACUAUGCCUUAUGGAGUGAUAUGAAAUUGGGAUAGAAAGAGAAAGAGAGAGAGAGAGGGGGGGGGAGAAC